AUGGGCCGCCCGUCCGGGGACUUGCUCACGGUGCAGUCCGCUGGCCGGGACACGGUGGCGUCAGCGGCUGCCACCUCCGGGUCCAAUGGCGGCAAGGCCACCGUGGUCGACAUCCCGCCUUCGCCGGCAACGCGCGUGCGGGAGACUAAUAUCCACGCCUGGCUGGACAAGGAGAAGGCCUCGCAGGAGUCCUGCAAGAGCCUGCCCUUCACGGUGCUCUUCUACUUCUCGUACUUUAUGGCCCAGCUCGCCCACCGCGACGUCACCACUGUCUUCCCGCUGACGUCUUCACUGGCCACGAGCAUGACGACGGGCGUCCUGCCGACGCCGAUCACGCAGACGACCACGAGGCCGAAGGCCCGACCGCUGACGGACGUGAAGUCGUGGGGGGACGCCCUGACCUACAUGGAGUACACCGUGGUGCCCCUGCUCUGGGUCGACGGCGACGGCGGUCCAGGCGCUGUGAUGCUCGUGAACCAGCUCAUCGGGGGCAUCCGCCUGCAGCAGUGGCGUCUAGAGGCCGUCGACUGCGAGGGCUCCGAGGAGCUGCGGGGCACGUACGGCGACUUCAUCAGCAGCACGUACAACCGCAGCUGCAGGUCGAGAGAGUCUGUCUACGACACGGCUGGUAUUGCGGGCGUGACGCCGGCGAACACGUCUGCCUACCCUUUCGUCACACAAGGCGGGACGGCGGACAGCGAGACCAGCCAGUACGAGUACUGGAUCACGACCGGGCAGACCACCCAGCAGGUCCACGAGCACCUCCAGGGCAUCCGCGACAGCCGUUGGCUGUCCACGGCGACCGAAACGCUCACGGUGCAGUACGCCAUGUAUUGCGGACAGGUCGGCUUCUUUGCCUUCGUCGAGGUGUCGAUGGUGGCGGACCGGAUCGGCACGUUUACGAACACCGUGGUCACAAGGACGUUGGAGGCGCAGGUGUGGAGGCAUUGGCUCACGGUCUUCGCCGACCUCUGGUUCUGCGCAAACCUCGCCUGGCUCUUCGGUGGAGAGGUAUUCGGGCUCCGCAAUGCGAUUAAGACGAGAAACAUCCGCAGCCACAUGUUCCAGUUCUACCGGUUGCUCAACUGGUCCAUCAUCUGGGUCGGAGUCUGCGUGGUGCUGUUCUUCAUGUGGCUGUUCAUGAAGCUCGUGACGCUGGAAGAGGAGCUCGUCUCCGUCAUGACUGCGGACGCGGACGGCCUGGCAGGUGAUGCGGUGGUGGCAUACCACCAGAAGUUGAGCGACACUUUCGACUUGAUGUCUCUCUUGGUCGAGGCGGUCCGCGCGAACGAGAUGGUGGCCUUCUGGUACAGCAUACCGAUGCUCUUGAAGUUCUUCCAGCAUUUCAAGGGCAACGAGCGGCUGGCGAUCAUCACCAAGACUCUGUACACGGCAGCGGACGACCUGAUGCACUUCAUGCUCAUCUUCUUGCUGGUCUUCUUCAACUUCAUCAUCGGCGCCCGCUUUCUGUUUGGCCCGUCGCUCAAGGAGUGGUCCUGGUGGUCCCUGGCGGUCACGACUGGCUUCCGGGCGCUCAUGGGUGAUUUUGACUUCAUGUCGAUGUAUUACGUCACGCCGAUCAACGCCACGCUUUGGUUCUUCAUUUACAUGACAUUCAUAUUCAUUCUUAUGAUCAACAUGCUCCUGGCCAUUGUCAUGGACGCCUACGCAACCGUGAAGAAGGACGCCGGCAAGGCUGAGUCGAUCCUAGGCCUUGCCAAGAGGAAAGCGCAGAAGUUGAAGGCCAAGCUGUCGGGGAAUCACAUGCAGGAUUCUGACACAGAGGCCAGGGAGAGGGCCCUCGCUGCCCUCGAGGCGUCGGACGAGGGCCCCUCGAUGGAGGACCUCCUCAGCAAGCUCACGAAUCUGGAGACCAGCAUCGGCUCCCUCCUCAGCAAGCACCGCGCCACAUCCAAGACGUCGGCGGCGGCCAGGGAGACGGCCGUGCACGCGGUCCGGAGCGUUGAUCUCGCAGCGGCCCGUGACAGGAGGGACGACUGUUCCAAGUUAGAGCCCGAGUCGCAGGGCUCGCCGCGGCAGUGGGCGAGGGCGUGCUCGUGCGGGGAAGUCUUCGCAGACGGCACGCGCUUCUGCGGCAAGUGCGGCGAGAGAAGAACAUGGAGGAGAUGUCAGAAGGACUGCGCCCUGUGCGGCAGCGCCUACCUGCAGGCCGAGCUGUUCUGCAGGACCUGCGGGGCGAGGCGCCAGGACGACCCGACUGGAGCCUGGGCCACAGAGCCAGGCCCGGGGAGGGCACGGGCGCAGGGGACGAG